GUGUCAAAGCACUGCAGCUCUGAGCGUGAUAUUCCACAAACCAGUCGCAUAGCCUCGGAAAGCCUGCUCGUGAGGUUUUGAAGAUGUUGGGCUACCUGUCCUUUUUAUCAACACAGACGUGGACACUUCUCCUGCUGUUCCUGGGACUGUUGUUGGUGUAUGGAUACUGGCCUUAUGGAAUCUUCAAGAAGUUGGGGGUCCCUGGACCAAAGCCAGUGAUGUUAUUCGGAAACAUGCUCAGCUACAGCAAGGGAAUGCACCUCUGUGACGUGGAAUGGUUCCAGAAGUAUGGCAAGAUCUGGGGAAUUUUUGAGGGUCGGCAGCCUAUUCUAUCCAUCAUGGACACAGAGUUAAUCAAAACCAUCCUGAUCAAGGAAUGCUACUCAUAUUUCACCAACAGACGGGUACAGCUGAAAACACAAUUCAUAUGCACACAAUAUCUUAUCCACUUAAUAAAAGUAAAUAAAGGACAUUUUAAUAGUGAUGCAAGUAUUGAAGUGGGUCUAAAUGUCUGUGCUUUGUUACAGAAUAUUGGCCUCAAUGGAGAGUUGCAUGACGCUCUAGGAUUAACCGAGGACGAUAACUGGAAAAGAAUCCGUAGUGUGCUGUCUCCAUCUUUCACCAGUGGCCGCCUGAAGGAGAUGUUUGGGAUCAUGAAGACCCACUCACGCAACCUGGUGAACAGCAUGAAGAAGGAUGCAGACCUGGGCAGGCCAUCAGACAUUAAAGAGUACUUUGGUGCUUACAGCAUGGAUGUGGUGACCAGCACCUCUUUCAGUGUGGACAUCGACUCCCUCAACAACCCCAAAGACCCCUUUGUCACCAACAUCAAGAAAAUGCUGAAGUUUGACGUGUUUAACCCAGUCCUUCUGAUUGUUGGUUUCUUCCCUUUCAUGACACCCGUCUUUGAGAAAAUGAAUUAUUCUUUGUUCCCCACGUCUGUGACGGACUUCUUCUACACUGCACUGCAGACCAUAAAGGCUCAGAGGAAGGCCAACCCAGGUCACCAGAACCGAGUGGACUUCCUACAACUGAUGAUAGACUCCCAGGGUCCGCAGAAAGAACAUGGAACCAGAGAUGGCGCUCACCGAGGAUUGAGUGAUCAUGAGAUUCUGUCUCAAGCGAUGGUCUUUAUCUUUGCUGGCUACGAGACCAGCAGUUCUACUAUGAAUUUCCUGUUCUACAAUCUGGCCACAAACCCAGAUACCCUGAAGAAGCUCCACGAUGAGAUUGAUGAAGUCUUCUCAGACAAGGCUGAAGUCCAGUAUGAAGCCUUGAUGCAGAUGGAGUAUCUGGACUGUGUGAUAAACGAAACGCUGCGUCUCUACCCUCCUGCUUUUCGAAUUGAUAGAGCUUGCAAGAAGACCGUGGAUGUCAGUGGUGUCAUCAUCCCCAAGGGAACUGUUGUCAUGGUGCCCAUCUAUGCUCUUCACAGAGACCCGGAAAUCUGGACCGACCCCGAGACCUUCAAUCCAGAGAGGUUCAAUAAGGAGAACAAGGAGAGCAUUGACCCGUACACCUACAUGCCGUUCGGACUCGGCCCCAGGAACUGCAUCGGGAUGCGCUUCGCUCUCAUCAGCAUGAAGCUGGCCAUCGUGGAGCUGCUGCAGAGAUUCACCAUCAGCACCUGUGCUGAGACGGAGAUUCCAGUGGAGUUGGAGUCUCAGCUAGUAUUGAUCCCCAAGAGACCUAUCAAGCUGCAGCUGUCUCCUCGGUCAUCUGGGGCACAGCUGACUCCCCGAGGCUGAGCGUCCACUUGCACUGGACACCAGGGGUGGCAAUGAUGCACGAUAUGAUCCGCACAUACAGAAAACAUUGAUUUGAUUUGUUUUGUUUUCCCUUUGUUUGUGUACUGCACUUUGUAUGUUUCUUAUUUGAUAAGUAACAAUUAUUCACGUCAUUGUAAUUCACAUAGAUUACAGACCUUCAGUGCCUGAAACUGCACAGCACCAUAUAUGGUUCAUGCUUCAUGGCCCACCUUGCUUUCUAAAGCGCAUUGUCAUGUAAGUGCUGUACGAUAAAUGACAACUGUGACAACCUUUUUACGGGUGUUUUUAAAACGGGCAGUAUGAAUUUGAAAUGGCCUUUGCUUUACAGUAGAUCGUUCCUCUAUCUUGUUGCUGUGAUAUGCUUAAAGGAACACUUCACCGUU